UCUGGACUUCAGGGAAGAGGUUUGGGAAGCUGGGAGUCAGCUCGGAAAGUGAAGGGUGCGCACCUGGGACAUCAGGCCUGAAAAGUUCAGUGACUUGUCCAGGGAAACCCAGUUUGUUUGUGACAGAAUCAGGAGGAAAACAGUGCACUUCGCCCUCUCACAGCUGAACCACGAUUCUCUACUCUCCCAAGAGCAGAAAAUGAACAUACCUCAGGCAUCAGUGUCAUUCAAGGACGUGACUGUAGAGUUCACCCAGGAGGAGUGGUGGCAGAUGGACUCUGCUCAGAGGACCCUGUACAGAGAUGUGAUGUUGGAGAACUACAGCCACCUCGUCUCAGUGGGGUACUGCUUUACAAAACCAGAACUGAUUUUCAUGUUGGAACAAGGAGAAGAUCCGUGGUUAUUAGAGAAAGAAUUUGUAAACAGAAGUUCCCCAGAAGAAUCCCAACCUGAUGCACUCUUACAGGAGAGCCUAGAAAACCAAGGCAAACAUUUGAGGCAAGUUUUAUUCGUCAACAAAUCAUUGACUACAGAGCAAGAAAUUUCAAGAAAACUAUGUACUCUGGACAUAAACAUUUUCCCUGCAGAAACAAUGCCUUGUAAAUUUGACACUACAGGGUCUACUUACUUGCUUCUUAGCUCAUUGACCCCACACUGCCAGUAUUCAAGAAAGAAGGCUUAUGAGCUUAAUGUAUGUGAGAAUUGGCUCCUCAGUAUUAAGGAUCGCAGAACUAAUAAUACUGGAGAGAAAUCUUCUGUUUAUAGUAAAAGUGUGAAAGCCUUUGGACAUAAAGACAAAGUUAUUCAGCAUCAGACAAUUCAGACUUUACAGCAAACUUUUGAAUAUAAUGAAUGUGGAAAAGAUUUUCUUGAAAAGACUGCCCUUGUUACAUCUAAGGAUACCCACCCAAAAGUGAAAUCUUAUAAAUUCAAUAAAUUUGGGGAAAACCAAUAUGAUAAAUCAACCUUGAUAAUCUCUCAGAGCAAUCAUCCAGAGGAGAAGAGUCACUAUGAGUUUAAUAAGUAUGAAUAUACUAUUGAUAAAAACAGAAAUAAUUUCAGUAGGAUCACUCAAAGAACUGACACACAAGGGAAAUCUUUCAGCCAAAAAUUACACAUUAGAGAACAGCAAAAAAUUCAUAUAGGGGUGAAACCCUUUGAAUAUGGAAAGAAUUUCAGCCAUAAUUCAACCCUCCAAAUGCAUCAGAGAAUUCACACAAUAGACCAGUCCUCUGACUAUGGCACAUGUACAGAAUCAUUGGCUUACCAGUCAACUUUCAAUGUACGUAAGAGAACUCAAAUAACAGUGAAACCCUAUGAGUGUAAUGAAUGUGGAAAAUCCUGCACUAUGACUUCAUGCCUGAUUCAGCCUCAGAAAAGUCACACAGAGGAGAAACCCUAUGAAUGUCAUGAAUGUGGGAAAGCUUUCAGUGAGAAGUCACGCCUAAGAAAACAUCAGAGAACUCACACAGGAGAGAAACCCUAUAAAUGUGAUGGAUGUGAGAAAGCUUUCAGUGCAAAGUCAGGCCUAAGAAUACAUCAGAGAAUUCACACAGGAGAGAAACCUUUUGAAUGUAAUGAAUGUGGGAAAUCUUUCAACUAUAAAUCAAUCCUCAUAGUACAUCAGAGAACUCACACGGGGGAGAAACCCUUUGAAUGUAAUGAAUGUGGAAAAUCUUUCAGCCAUAUGUCAGGCCUAAGGAAUCAUCGGAGAACUCACACAGGAGAAAGACCAUAUAAAUGUGAUGAAUGUGGGAAAGCUUUCAAACUGAAGUCAGGUCUAAGAAAACAUCAUAGAACUCAUACAGGGGAGAAGCCCUAUAAAUGUAAUCAAUGUGGGAAAGCAUUCGGUCAGAAAUCACAACUCAGAGGACAUCAUAGAAUUCACACAGGGGAGAAACCCUAUACAUGUAAUCAUUGUGGGGAAGCUUUUAGCCAGAAAUCAAACCUCAGAGUACAUCACAGAACUCACACUGGGGAGAAACCCUAUAAAUGUGAUGAGUGUGGAAAAACUUUCAGGCAGAAAUCAAAUCUCAGAGGACAUCAGAGAACUCACACAGGGGAGAAACCCUAUGAAUGUAGUGAAUGUGCCAAAGCUUUCAGUGAGAAGUCAGUCCUAAGAAAACAUCAGAGAACUCACACAGGAGAGAAACCCUAUAAUUGUAAUCACUGUGGAGAAGCUUUCAGCCAGAAAUCAAACCUCAGAGUACAUCAGAGAACUCACACUGGGGAGAAACCCUAUAAAUGUGAUAAAUGUGGGAAAACUUUCAGCCAGAAAUCAAGCCUUAGAGAACAUCAGAAAGCCCACACAGGGAACUAAACAUAUAAAUGUAAUGAAUAUGGAAAAGCUCUGAGCUGGAAAUCAAGUCUCGCAAUACAAAAUAAAACACGUAGGAGAGAACCCCUAUGAAUAUAAUGAACACUUGGAAGUUCCUCUGCAAGAUACCAGCUUUCACUAAACAUCAGAGAACUUACACAAGAGAGAAAUUCUUGGAAUAUAUUUUACACGGGCAGUCUCAUCUUGAGUGCAGUCCUCAUUGUUGAUCAGAGAAUUCAGUUCAGCAAAGAAACUCUGUAAAGAUAAUGAAUACAAGAAAUACUCUGUGCAUUCAAUCCUUGGAAAACUCACACUGCAGAAGAACCCUGGGAAUGUAAUGAAAAUUUCCAAACUUUGUCCCAGCAAUCAAAAUCCAUUCAUCAUCAGAGAAAUCAAACAGUGAGAAAAUUGAGAAUGUAAUAAAU